CGGCGGCAAGAAGAAGUGACUUGCGCACACUUUGCUGUGCAACUCGCUCAGAGUGUGCUUCUAGUUGCGGCGAUUUCACACGCGCGAUGCAUGCAUCUUCACCUUAGAAAGAUGUUUUGUGGGGCUAGAGGAAACGGCGAGUUUCUUGUUUCAUACAAACUUCUGAAUCCUGAAAAAGUGAAUCUUUCGAGGUAAAAAUCCUCCCGUCUUGAGGGACGCUUCCAGGUUUUUCUCGGAGAUUUCCGAGUUGAACCCCAGGCAAGUUUCAUGCCUCACUGAGUUGAGGCGUGCUUCUCCGUUUUCUUUUGCAUCUGGAGAAAAAAAGCGACCGCAAAAUCCGCCCUUUUUCACGCAUAAUCCUUCGGAGUUUUCCUUUUCAUCUGUUUUGUGACAUUCAAAUAGUGUUGGUGGAGCCCUCUCAAACUCGCACGUUGCUUCAACUCAAAGUAGACGGCUCGGGGGUCAUUGGGUCUUCGCUCGUCCGCAUCCGUUUCUUCCCGGUUUUCUGUUUUUUUCGUCAUUUUUUCCCCUCUUCCGCGUACUUCCCCUUCUAGCACCUGGAUCGUGUGAGAGACUCUGUCAACAGCCGCUGAUACGCACUCAUUCAAGAUCCAUUUACCUCAGUUUCUGUCCCGGACCUUUUCUCUCGCUUUCUCUCGUUUCUUCUCCUCUCUUCUCGUCUCUUCUCGGGCAGCCAUGAAGUCUGCCAUCCCGAAAGGCUCUCAAGGGAAGGGUGGAAAGAAAGGCGACGAGGCGAGCAGGAAAAGCGGAGUGCACAAGCAACUCCGUAAAGAAAGGCUUCGAGCAAUCGAGGCUGCGGCUCGUCUUCUCCCUCCGCCGCCUGAUGACGAUGCAUGCAAGACUUCCGAUCCCGCUGUGUCGACGUCUUCUCCUGUCCCUUCGGUUUGUUCUCCGUGCUCGUCCUCUUCGUCUGCCGCCGGCUGUCGUUCAGCUUCAGCUUCGUCUUUCAGGUUGGCAUCUUCUGCUGACCCCGCCUUGACGUCUCUGUCCGUCCUCGAGUGUGUGUCGCACGCGCGCUCUUCAAGUGAUGAACCUUUGUCUUCUCUCGCUCUCCCUUCGGUUUCACAAACAAGUCUCGACCACUUAGAUCCGGGCGUCGACACGCGAGAGCUCUGUUUCUCUUCCCAGCGGGUUCUGAAGAAGAGACGGGAAAGGCCGUCGGCCUCCCGGCCGUCUGGGAAGUUUGAAGAAGCCUCCGCUGUUGCCGAGGACGCUCAGGGCGCUGCUGAACACUCCGGCGGAAUGCAUGAAUUGCCUCGACUCGACCUUACUGCCGCCCCUGGACGCUUCGCGUUUCACCGAAUAGAUCUCGACGCUCGCGCGGCUGCAUCUGUCACUUUGGAUGCGAAACACCACCGGGGGAAAAAGAAGCUGCUGGGUACGGUUUCAGGUGUGCACAAGCCGCAGGGAACGCUUCUGGUUGGUCCUUCGCCGGCGCGGCAGAGUCUGCCCAGCGGCGCGGCAGACGCUGGGAGCGACAGGCCCCCGACGGAGGCGGCAGCGCUUCUUCUCCCGCCGACAGUAAAGCGCAGUGCGGAUCUCGCGACUCUGGUGGACGCGGGGAAGCUGCAGCAACAGGAACGGCUUGCAAAGCGGGACGCGGCAAAGGCGCAUCUGGCGAACUGGUACGAUAUUCCAGCUCAAGAGCUUUCCCCGGCCCUCCAUCGCGAACUGAAGGUGCUCGAGUUGCGUGGCCAUAUGGACCCGAAGAAGUUCCACAAGGAGGGGCUCAAAAUUCGGUCCGAGAGAACCGAGAGACGCAUUGGAUCUGGGGUGUAUGUACAGCACACUGCGCACCUCCACGUCUGCACCGUUAAAGACGGAUUCGGCAGUAGAGGGGGGGUCGGCGCCGGCCGCGAGAGCGAGGCUGUGGGCUGCUCGAAGCGGAGGAAAGGCAAGGGUGGUUCGCUGCUGUCAUCUCUUCUCAAGGACGCCAGCGUGGAGACGUGGACACGGAAGAAAGUUCGCGACCUGGGGUCGGCGACGUUCCACGCGAAAGGAAGGAAGAAUUCAUGGAAGAUGCUCAAAAAGCGUAGGUAAGACUCGCGGCGUACGAAGCCGCGGGAGGCGCAUUAGGGGCUCAAACAUGCACAGGCCGCUAGAGAGCUGCUUUUCGUCUGGGAGUCUGUGUUCUUCCUUCUGUGCCAAAAUGCGAUUGCUUACGGCUAGUUUCAGAACAUCAAGUGUUUUUUUAGCGCGGUGGAACAAGAUACACAAUGACGAGGGCACAGAAAUCACCGCUCGACUGUAGGUGGAUGCGAAAGUCCGAUGCCGUUUGCUUUGUCUCUGAGACAUACGACUUGAGCCUUGAAACGAAUUCCUUUGAAAGGGUUUCCUCCCCUUUCUGCGACGGCGCCGUUACACCCCAGAGAGGCAGUGCUACGCGAACAAACGGGGUGAUCCCUUGCUGCCGUUGCGCAAGGGGGUGUAUUCGGUGAAAUGGCGGCGCCGCUUCUUCAGAGAUUCCGCUGCAGACAACCAAACUUUGAGAUUUGAAGAAGGGCACUCGAAAGACCCCUUUUGCUCACGGACUAUCUCCGAGACGCCAGUUCGAUGAUAAAACGAGGGACAGGAAAAAGCCUAGUCUCAGCUGCUUUAGUUGCAGCAUGGUCUCUUGACGGUGCGCAGUUUUCUCCGUUGUCCAAGUGUACGCAUCGUUAGCUAGUUACGCGCACGACACUCGACUCAGCAAGAAAGUAAUCUGAACAUGAGAUUGCAUUCCAACCCACGCAGCGUCCUUUCUUGUCGCAGCAUUCUGACUGUGUAGACCACUGCUUUGGUCAAAAACAGCUUCGCGGCAAAGUCGGCUCAUACACGGAUUGCCAUGAAGACCCACGCGUUUUCUGUGCUGCAUAGAUCGCAUCUCGCCUGGCCACCAUCCUGGUAAACGGAGACACAGACUGUUUAUCGAACAAGUCCCACGCAGGGUUAUCUGAGCCCACUUUCGGAGGCGUCUGUCCGGACAUCUGCUGCGAACAGAUCACGUUAGUGUUAGAGAGGGGUGCUAUAUUGCCACUGAACGAGACUCUUCGAUCUGCUACGUGGCCGCAGAACGAAUAUAAUCUUCCAGUCACUGAAAACGAAAGGACGUACAUGCCCGUCGCGUGACUUUGGAGCUCCCGUUGACUUUCGUCAUCGCGUUAGUAUGACUCGAAUCAUUUUAAGGACCCUCCACGAACACAGACGAUUCUUAGCUGUCUCUGGCGUUCAGAGUGAAACACAGUCCUGGUGGACAGAGUGUCGCAGAAACAUGCGUAGAACUGACUUCGUGCAAACCAGCAACAAGGUGUGUUGUUAUGGAUCACGUGCACGGUAACAGCAGAUAAUCGCAACGUGUCCUGCUCCC